AGCCAGAGAGGCGCACAUUGGAUGGCUCAUUGCCAAGUAAGGCGUGUUUUCAUAAAUCUUUUACCCAGGAUACGGUGCGUAAUUGGUUCCAAGGUUCAAGGGUGAAUUGGCCCAGAAGGACAGUGGAGAAGCAGCAAGGGACAGACGGGAACGGGUGACACUGACGUGUCAAGGGGAAAUCGGACAACCACAUUGAAAGACAAGACGAACAAUGGCUGCUCAAACAAGCCCGAAAGGCAGCACCGGAGACUUUGCCAAAAAAGUACAAAGACAGCUGAGCAGAGGCAAAGAAAAGGUACUGCAGAAGUUUGGGAAGUCAGAAGAGACCAGGGAUGAUCAAUUUGAACAUUAUGUACAACUGUUCUCUGAUCAACAGACUGAUAGCAACAAAAUAUACAAAGACCUAAGGAACUACGUAGAAGCAGUCAGAGAUAUGCGAGAAGCCUCAAGACGUCUUUCGCAGUCUUUGUUCGAUGUUUACGAAAGCGACUGGGUGGGACAAGAAGACAUCGGAGCCAUAGUUGAGGGGGAGGACCUCCUCUGGAAUGACUACGAGGUGAAGCUGUUGGACCAAGCUGUUCGCACCAUGGAGUCCUAUGCGGGCCAGUUCCACGAUGUCAGGGAGAAAGUGGCCAAGAGGGGGAGGAAACUGGUGGACUAUGACUCGACCCGUCACCACCUGGAGGGUCUGCAGAUGGCCAAGAAGAGAGAUGACAUCAAAAUUAGCAAGGCAGAAGAAGAGAUGAAUGGUGCCAAAUGUGUCUAUGAAGGAAUCAAUAAUGAGCUGAAAGAGGAACUCCCUGUCCUGCAUGAAAGCCGCAUUGGAUGCUACGUGACCGUCUUCUCUGCGAUAUCAAGUUUACGGGACAUCUUCUAUAAGGAAAUGAGAACGCUCAAUGUGGAUCUGCACAAUGUGGUGAAGGAACUGCAGGCCCAGCAUCCAGACAAAGUGUUUUCUGUCAAGGGAAUGCAAAGGUAUGGAUCCCUGAGGAGACGAACCCUGAUUUCCCCCAAGGCUUGGAAGGCCAGCUUCUCUGAGUUCCACAGGAGCUACAGCCCAAAAAGUGGCCAAAGAUUUAGUUUCAGGUCCCCGGACAAACCUCGCCACAGCACUCUGUCCAGAGAGAGCAGCGCCGUCGCAGUCUCCCCGCUGUCGCCUCCUCCGGAGAACGCCACUUUUGAGUCGAGGGGGUCGAGCCGCAUCGAGAUGCACGAUCUUUGUGUGCAAGAGGAUGCUGUGGAAGCUGAGAGCAAGCCCGUGUCAGAAAAAGAAGUCACCAAUCCGGGGGAUGAGAGGAAGGGUUUGAAGGUAGAAGAGGAGUCUGAAGCAAAGAGUCCAGCACAUCCAGAAGAGAAACAAGUAGACACUCCACCGAGCGAGAGCAGCUGUGAGCUGAACAAUUCGUGCGACUCCGAGAGUUUGGAGCUCCAGCUGACCGCAGGAGACGACGGUCCACUGCACAUCGACGGCAUGGGCCACAGCCACGACGCUCCCAAGGCCAAUGGAAUGGAGAACAGGGACGUUUCAGGGUUCAACUCUGAGGAGAUGGACAAGGCGGCUUCCGCAGACUCCAAGACCACAGAGGUCUAACAAGUCCACUCUCUGAGCCUCAAGCUGAGAGUGAACAAGACGGAAGCCAACAGCUGCAGGGGAAGGAGGAACAAGAUUGCAUCUGUCGUUGUUGUACACCCUCCCACAUUCUCGACAUCUUUUUUUAUUUUUGUCCACUUAUAGACACACAGCAUGGACACAAUCAUGAUAUGUCAUAUUUUAAUACUACAGUACUUGUUUUUCACUCUUGAAUGCAGAUGUUAAUCCACAAUUCCAAGUAGAUUGCUAAUUUAUUAAUUCCUGUGAAAUUCACAUCUGCCAAUCGUCAUAUAUGCAAGGGAUUUCAAUCGUUGAAUUGUUUAAAAUUGAAAUGAAAAGAAUUGAGACAAAAUGAAAUUAACUGUCACAAGGGCAACACCGUGUACAACCGGUUCAAAUCUCAUCUUCAUACUUCAUGGAUGGCAUUUGUAUGUUCUCUCUGUGCUUGCGUGGGUUUUCUCUACGUGCUCUGGCUUCCUCCCACGUUCCAAAAUUGUCCAUGUGAAUGUGAAUAGUUGUUUGUCUAUAUGUGCCCUACAUUUAUCGGCGUGUACCCCACUUCUUGCUCAAAGUCAGCUCCAGAUCACUAAAGAAAAUGGAUGGAAAGAGUGCAGUACUUGGCGAUAGCCAGCAUAGAUACUGUCUAAAGAAGCACAACAUCAAAUCACCUAUGGGAAGUUCGGUUACUAUAUAUCCCCCAAAAAACUCUGCUAUGGCACACCUGUUCUGGGCAACAUUAUUCUAAUGUAUGUCAAUAAUAUAUUCAAAUAAAGAUUUUUUUUUUUUUAAAGAACAAUUAGUUGUCAAUGAAUUGUAAUUGUUAUUUAAGAUGAAUGCCCACCCCAUUAUAAUUAUGUUAACAUUUCAUCAACAUUGUUUUUAUAGUAACAUAUCCGCACAUUUGAUUGAAAGAAAUUAUUGUGGCCAAAAAGCUCUAACUCAAUUUAUGUCUGAAUAAAGUUUAUUGGGUAUUAUGUCUAAAAUAACCAAUUGCACUGCUUGUGGUUCAGUUGGAUGAUUAUGUUUCUGCUUCAAAUAAAAUAUUAAAAAAUUA